AGCAACCAAUGAGUUACAGGAAUGGGAACCUCGAAACGGAGACGGCAGAAGCAAGAAGCGUCAAAGUCAACAGCAAAGAAAAGAAGAAGCGGCCGCAACACUGCAGCAGCAUAAACAACCAAAACAACUAGCUCAGCAAUUUUUGGCUUCCAAUUGGACUGCUUGUGAAUUAGAGGAAGCUUUGUGAUUUCGGGUUGUGGAUGGGUGGGUUGUUUUGAAACUUGGAUUGGAGGUGACUAUAGGAGUGGGAUGUUCAAACAAAGAACUUGAAGGGGCUUUUGAGUAUCUUUUUAUGGAUAGGUUAUGUUGUUUCAAUGCUUCCUACCCUCAGCUUGUAGGACAGCGAUCCUCAUCUAGCUCUGGUAAAGGAACAAGCAAUGAAAGGUUAAUAAAGUAUGGUUUCAGCCUAGUGAAAGGGAAAGCUGAUCAUCCAAUGGAGGAUUUUUGUGUUGCUAAAUUUAUGCAGGUUCAGGAACAUGAAUUAGGGCUGUUUGCCAUAUAUGACGGCCAUUCUGGAGAUACAGUUCCUGCCUACCUACAGAAACAUCUAUUUUCCAAUAUCCUAAAGGAGGAAGAAUUUUGGGUUGACCCCCACAGAUCUAUUUUAAAAGCCUAUGAGAAGACAGACCAUGCAAUUCUCUCACACAGUUCUGACCUGGGGCGGGGUGGGUCCACAGCUGUAACUGCAAUUUUGAUAAAUGGCCAAAGAUUAUGGAUAGCCAAUGUUGGAGAUUCUCGGGCAGUUCUCUCUAGAGGGGGCCAGGCAAUACAGAUGACUACGGACCAUGACCCCAAUGCUGAACGAGGCAACAUCGAGAACAAAGGUGGUUUUGUCUCAAACAUGCCAGGGGAUGUACCAAGAGUCAACGGACAGCUGGCAGUUUCUCGUGCUUUUGGAGACAAGUGCCUUAAACCAUACUUGCGAUCUGACCCAGAUAUACAGAGUACUAUUAAAGAUAUUAAUACUGAUAUUCUAAUCCUUGCUAGUGAUGGUCUUUGGAAGGUGAUGGCCAAUCAAGAAGCAGUUGAUAUUGCAAGAAAGAUCAAAGACCCACAGAAGGCAGCUAAGCGAUUAACAGCAGAAGCAUUGAAAAGAGACAGCAAAGACGAUAUAUCUUGCGUUGUUGUUAGAUUUAGGGGGUAAGCCUCGUUAAAUCAGGUUGCUCUUCAGGUGCAGUAUAUAUCUAUAAUAAGAGUCAUUUCACAUAAGAAUCUAUUUGCUAUCCUACUUAUUGACAUAUUAAAUACACCAAUGGUGUGGAAGCAUGGCAGAUAAGCUGGCAUAAAAAUAUGUGGGUAUGUUUUAAUUUGCAAACUGGCGUUGCUUGACUUAUAUUAUAAUUUAUAAAGUAAUUUUAUUAUCAAGUAUAUAUAAAAAAUUUAAUUUGUAAAUUUA